AUGGCAUGCCCUUUGAGUGCCAUUCUCAAUGCUGUCGAUGCCACUGCUCAAACGAACCCCGUGCCCGCUACAGGCGAUCACGACGAUGACGCUACCAUUUCUGAGGCAUCUACUGAAAUCAUUGAUGAGGGAAUGCCGGAUGAGGAGAAGCCAGACGAGGAAAUGCCGGGGUUCAACACCCCGACCAUGCACCAACGAAGCCCGCCAGACACCAACCCAGGUAUUGGCGAGUCCGCAAAGCGAGGCUUCAUAUCUCCUGUCAUCCUCUCACCCGACAAAGACUCCCUGUAUGACCGUCGAGCAAUCCUAUCUCCCGUUUUAGUGCCUGUACUUCCAAUACCGCCAAAGGGAAAUUCAUUGCACUAUCUCGCCAAAGAUCCGCCAACACCAUCACAUGGAACCAACUCGAGAGACUUUAGCAUCUUCAAUGCUCUUCUCAAUUAUCCAGAGCUGACCCUCGAGUUCUCCAAGCAGCUCGACAUCGAAGAUUUGAUUUCUCUCUACGCUAUUUCGAAAGAAUUCCAUUUCCUCGUCAACGGCCGGUUCACUGCCAUGAUCCUAGGCCAGUCCAACGGCAAAGCAUCAGAAUCAUCCAAGACCUUCAUUUUCCGCUGCUACAAAAGCCUCUGCAUGCGUGACCCCGCCCGCCGUCUCAAUGAGACCAGACCAGAUGAACUGCGCUUCAUUCCAAGUUUCCGCUGGCUUCGUAUGAUCCUCUUCCGCGAGGCCGUCGUGGACGACAUCCUCCAAUCCUUGGCUGCAGAAGGACAUCGUUUGCCCAAGCGAACGAGGUUGACGAUCAAAAAAAUCUGGUUCACAAUCGAUAUCAGUGACAAUGCACGUCGUAUAGGCCUCAUGCACAACACCACGUUCUGGUCCAACAAGGAUCUAUUCCUCGCCACCAUGUUCUUUCUCAAGCUCGAUAUGCGCCUCACACAUCCAACCGCUGGUAACGGUGAGAUCGGCUUGCGCAAAAUGCUGCUCGGUCAGAGAAGUCUAUCUAUGUUGGCGCAGGUGCUGAAGCGGGAAGAAAUGAGGACGCAGGUGGAUAUGCUCCGGAUGAUCGUAAGAUUUAGAUAUGAACCUCCCAGACAUCGGCAGAUGGACAUCAUGGGAGUGCCAAGUCAUGAAAUCGGGAGGCUGCAAUAUGAAGGUUGGGGAGCCAAACAUACCAAGUUCAUACAGAUUGACGAGCUGGUUAUGAGGGAGGCGGUGAAAAGGAAGCUCAAUUUGCAGAACUACUACAUUGAUAUGAUGAUCUACGGGUAUAUCAACAAAAAGACUUUUCAGGAUAUCAGGACGCCCAUGCGAAAGCAGGAAGACGAGGCUGAGGAAGAUUGCGAGGAUGACACAAGUAGUGGUGAGGAUGAGGAGGCAAAUCAGAGCGGCUUCGGGCCUGACACGGAGGCAGAGGAGCAAGGAGGUGCAGCUGAGAAUGGGGGAGAUGUUGGAAUGAACUAUCAUGGCUACAGUAUGGGUUGGCCAGGUAGAAGAGGGUUAUCCAGUGGCGAUGACCUCACAGAGUAG